UAGACUCAGCAAAUGAACAGCACAGAAAUAUAUUCAAACGAAAUACAGCCAGGGGCAAAGGCAUACCCCACCCAGACACCAGUGAGCACACGCCAAAGAAGAGUUUCGAGCAGCCACAGCUACUUGCAGCUACUUCCAGAUACAGUCAGCGUUAGCUCUCAGCCAAACUCUCUCCCACUGAGCUAAUUUGGCAAUCCAGGCUUGCAGAAUGGCUUUUAUGGCACGACAGAACCCGAGGGGCAAGGUGGUGGAUCGCAAGCAGCUGUCGGGCUCUCACACAAGUGGACUCCUCCGUCAAUUGCCCGAAUUGAGCGACAUGAGCGACCUGAGCGACCUGAGCGACCUGAGCGACUCGGAGGAGUCGACUGCGGGACCGAUCACCGAUCGCACUCUCGUUCCACUCGUAGCAGAUGCCGACACGGACACAGACUCAUCAUCCUGCACCCUUGUGGGCAAUCGAGAGGAUGUUGGUGAAUUCCUGGACACUGACACCGACACCGAAACCGAAACCGAAACUAUGGCGAGCUUCUGCCGGGAACUGGAGGAAGGGGAACUGGAAGAUGCAUUGGCAGGUCUCGGCCUCGAGGAUGGCAAUAAGUCGGGCUGCCAGGAGGAUUGGCGAAGUGAGACAGGGACCCUUGUACCGGCCGCAUCUAUCGGCGAUUGCAGGGACCUCUCGGAGUCCUCCCUCAUCCAGGGAGGGGCUUCACCCACCGACAGUCUGAAGUCCUACAACAGCUGCAGGACCUACCUCCUGAGCAGUGAAACACCAGAGGACAUGGAGGCCAGCGAAGAUCGCGAACUGAUGACCAGCAGCAGCUGCACCCCGGACACUGCGAGGGAGUCCCUCUGCAGCUGGAGUGACGCGUAUGCCGCUGUCCUCGAGGCACCGGAGGGUGGGAGUAACUUCCUGCCCUCUCUGAACUUGGAGAGCUGCAGCCCGCACGUUUCCACCGGGUUCAAGAGCCUCGAAGCCCAGAAGAAGGAUCGCGACAGCCUGCAGUUCGAGGCGUGGAAGCAGCGCAAGGCGGAGGAGCGCAAGAAGAAGAUUCUGGCCGCGAAGCGGGAACGCGAGAAGCGCGAAAGGGCGACUACCGAGCGCUUGGAGCAGUCUCAGAGGCAGGUCAGGGAGUGGCGUCUCCGGAAGGAGCAGCAGGAGCAGCAGGAGCGGAACAACACGUCCACGCUCAUCCAGAAGAAGUCCUGCACAUCCGUCCCUGGCCCUGGCCCUGUCCCUAGCGCCGCAGGGUGCCGCCAGAAGGAGACCGCGGAGGAGCGUAGAGAGCGCCUCAAGGAGUGGGAGCGCCGCAAGGUGGCGCAGCAGCAGCAGGAGCGGGAUCGCGCUCGACGCCAGCGUGAGCAGAAGGAGCAGGAGAGGAAGGAGCGGCUGCAGCGGUCCGAGGGGGCCUGGUCCAAGUGGAUGGCCAACAUCGACAAGCGGCCCAAGCCCGUGCCCCUCAACCAGGGCUUUGACUCCCUGCGCGGCAGUGCCUCUCAGAUGUUCAUCAACCCGAACGAGUGGGACUCGAGCACGGAUCCGCCGCCAGAUGCUCGAGACGUUUAG